GAGCGUGAAAAGAUUAUGCCACUGAUCAUUAAAGGCUUCCGGGAUGCCGCGGAGGAUGGCGGGACGUCAGUGACAGGCGGGCAGACUGUGUUGAAUCCCUGGAUCAUCGUCGGGGGCGUUGCUACUGUGGUGUGCCAGCCCAACGAAUUCAUCAUGCCAGACAGUGCAGUUCCCGGAGAUGUGCUGGUGCUGACCAAGCCGCUGGGCACGCAGGUGGCUGUCAACGCUCAUCAGUGGCUGGAUAAUCCCGAGAGGUGGAAUAAGAUUAAGCUGGUGGUGUCCAAAGAGGAUGUGGAGCUGGCCUACCAGGAAGCCAUGUUCAGUAUGGCCAUGCUGAACAGGACAGCUGCCAGUUUGAUGCACACUUUCAACGCUCACGCUGCCACCGACAUCACGGGCUUUGGGAUCUUGGGCCACGCACAAAACCUGGCCAAGCAGCAACGCAGCGAGGUUUCUUUUGUCAUCCACAACCUUCCCAUCAUCGCCAAGAUGGCUGCCAUCAGCAAGGCCUGCGGGAAUCGUUUUGGGCUGCUGCAGGGGACGUCCCCAGAGACAUCAGGGGGGCUGCUAAUCUGCUUGCCCCGGGAACAGGCUGCCCGCUUCUGUGCUGAAAUCAAGUCUCCCAAAUACGGGGAGGGGCACCAGGCCUGGAUCAUCGGCAUUGUGGAGAAGGGGAACCAGACUGCGCGCAUCAUUGACAAGCCGCGCAUCAUCGAAGUGACGCCCCGGGGUGCCACGGCCUCCCCCCAGGACAACAACUCAAGCGCCAGCCCUGAAGCGGCCUCGUGAGAUGGCAGACCCUCCUUACUUUGGACACUAUAGGCCUCUGCCCGCAGAUGCAGGGCUGGCUGGGUGUCUUGGCUUUGGGAAUGGGAAUCAUAGGACAUCUAGUCCAGUCCUCUGCACUUACGGCAGGAAUGUGCUAUACCAUCCUUCCCUUGAGAUCUGUGCUCUUCUCACAGCGCAGCAGGUGCUGAUCUUUCUCCCCAACUCAGAGAAGCACCAUGAUCAAACGGCUCCCCUUCCCAAGGUCAAGGUGGCUGAGGCGAGGCCCUUCCAGACUGCCUGAGCUGAGUGUCACGCAAUGCUGCCUCCCCCACAGGCUGAUUCAGGGGGUUAACAUGGCUAAUUGAUUCCUGCAGAUGAAAUGAAUUAGUUAUUUAUUAAGGAUAAAUGCAGAUGAUGCAGAGCAGCAGGUAAUUUCUAUCUGGAAUUAUUUAUUGGAAUAUUUUGACAAGCUCUCAGGCUCCCCCAGCCUUUGUUCAGACUGAGCAGCUGGUAUAAAGGCUGGGAGGGUUGGUAUAAGCCAUAUGGCUGGGCAUGUGCCCUUCCUCUCUUUAAUGAAGCUCUUCCCCUUAAACCCACCCUGGGGCUAGGAGGAGUCGAGGACCCCCAGAGGGCAGGGCACGAGCUCAGCCAGGUGGAUUGCUUCUUGGGUUGUAAAUUCCUGGUGAUUGAUUCAAUAAAUACCAAUUUCUAUA